CAUGAUACAAUCGCGAGUGUUUGGUCUCUUCGGUAGACCAGAUGACUAAGCGCCACACUAUGCGACUGACCAACCGGAUGCGAUCUUAUGAUUGCGCCGUCAUCGUCCGAGACCUCACCUCGAAGUUCGCCCUCCCACUUCUGCCGCUAAGUGCUCCUGUACAGUCCUCGCAGCCACCGCACUCCGUUUACCCAACUCAACACCAUGUCUUCAAUCGCUGCCAUGGCUUCUCGCCGGGCCUUUGCCCGCCAGGCUGUUUUCCGCGCUCCCCAGCGCCGCCUCUACAGCUCCAAGAUGGAGGAAUCAAGCCUCGACAAGGCUCCUAAGCGUGACCCCGAGCUCUAUGUUUUGCUCGGUGUUAUGUCUGGUGCUUUCUUGAUUGCUGGCUGGUACUUCGGCAAGAAGCCCACCUCCGUCACCUCCGAGAGCAAUGUCCGCAUCCCCGACAGCUCUAUGCCCUGGGAGCGUGAGGACGAGGGCGGCAAGUCCUACAAGUACCAGUACCACCCUGGUGGUGACAAGAGCCAGCCCCUGAGGAACGCGCCCAGUGCCCUGAACACUGUCAUUGUUCCCAACGUUACUCUGCCAGAGGACCUCCACGAGCGUUUCAACAAGUACGGAAAGGAGGAAUACGAUUUUUAGAUACGGACUGCCAGUAUGUUUGGGCUGGAAGUACCUCAAAUGGUGAUCGCUGUACAACUAAAAUCCUUGUGUGAAGACUAGAUGAUGGGGAAGAAACUCUUUAUUCGAGAGCUUGUGCAUAAUUUGAUUUUACGUCACUCAAUUGGAGAUUUCUUUUGUUCCUCUACGCCUGUAAGCUUAUAUAGCGCUAUCAAAGUAAACAUGUACAAUGUCACAAUCCGUCAGUUCAGAAUAGAGAAUUAUUAAAAAAAAAAAA